AUGCCUGAAUCAGGGAAAUUUGGAAUGCAAGGGUACAACCUUGUCAAACUACUGAAAAGACUGGAAGAUGCUACUGCAAGGUUAGAAGAUGUUACAAUCUAUCAAGAAGGAUACUUGCAAUCGAAACUAGGUGGUUCAAGUGAUGAAACUAAAGUUACUUCUAGCGCUGGUGAUGUCGGAUCCGUCGUCUCUGCUCCAAUAGCCGAAUCAAAGAUUGACGAUCAAUCUGUUGUGGUAGAUCCAAAAGAAAUUGUUAGUUUCAAGAAAUUCAUUCAAGAUAAUUUGGUUCCUUUAUCUAAAUUAUCUGAUUCUGUGGAUCCUGUUGUAGUUGAAGCCGUUGAAGUUCUAAAAGGUGCCUUCGAAUUUCAAAUUCAAUUAAUUCAAGCUGCAUUGAUCUCUAAGAAACCAGAUUAUUCCUCUGCUGAGUUUGCCAAUGCAUUAAAACCAUUAAAUGAAUCUGUUAUGAAGAUUGGUGAAUUGAAAGAACAAAACUUUUCAAACAAGUAUGCCAAUUAUUUAAGUGCACUUGCUGAUGGCGCUCCGAUUAUAUCAUGGGUAGUAUCUGAUGCUCCUAUGUCGUUGGUUAGCGAUUUCAAGGAUUCGACUCAAUUCUGGACCAACAGAAUUUUAAAGGACUUUAAGGAUUCUGACCCUAAUUCUACCGUUUGGGUCAAAGCCCUACUAAGUAUGUUUGAUGAAUUAAAGGCAUAUGUUAAAGAAUAUUUAACAACCGGUUUGAAAUGGAAAGAAGACGGUAUAGAUUUCACUGAGGCUUUGUCCCAAUUCAGUUCUGACACAGAAGCCGAAGACAAGACUGGUGCUCCUACACCUGGCUUAGCACCUGCAGCAGGUGGUCCUCCACCACCACCUCCUCCUCCACCUGCAGCUGUCUUCGAAAUUAAUGCCGAUGUCACCCCAACUAAAGAUGAAGGUGGUAGCAUGGGUGCUGUCUUCCAACAAUUGAAUCAAGGUGCUGAUAUCACAAAGGGUCUAAAGAAGGUUGACAGAUCCCAAAUGACUCACAAAAAUCCGGAAUUACGUGCUUCUUCCACCGUUGCUGCUAAGGCUGCUCCACCUCCUAAACCAAAGAAGCCAUCAACAUUGACCACAAAGAAACCUCCAAGAAAAGAAUUAAGUGGUAACAAAUGGUUCAUUGAAAAUUACGAAGAUGAAAGCAAUCCAAUCAUUAUCGAGGCAAAUAAAGAUGAAUCUAUUUUUAUAGGUAAGUGUGUCAAUGUCUUAUUCCAAAUUAAAGGUAAAGUAAAUGCUAUUUCUCUAAAUGAAAGUGAUGGUUGUAGCAUAGUCUUGGACUCUAGUAUUUCCGGUUUGGACAUCAUUAAGUGUAACAAGUUCGGUAUUCAAGUUGAACAAAGUAUCCCUCAAAUAUCUAUUGAUAAAUCAGAUGGUGGUUCGAUUUACUUGUCAAAGGACUCAUUGGAAACAGAAAUAUAUAGUUCUUGUUCCACAUCGAUCAAUGUCAACUUACCAAUUGGUGAAGAUGGUGAUUAUGUCGAACAUCCACUACCUGAACAAUUCCAACACAAAUUCACCGAUGGUAAAUUCAAAUCUAAUGUAUUUGAACAUAUGGCAUAA